GUAUAUGGUUGUCAGUAGUAUUUUGAGUGUUAUAAGAUGAAUCUUAAAAUUUUCCUUUUAAUAUUUUUCGCCACUAUUGCUGUUGCUGACUAUACCUGCAGCGAUACCGACUGUCAUGAAUGUGUUGAUAAUGUUUGCCAUUUGUCAUGUCAAGGCAAGUCAUGCCACAGUUGUCCUAGUGGUAAUUGCUGCAAAGAGAAUAACUGUAAUGUAUGCAUUUCUUCAAUUUGUUGCUCAACGACAAAAUGUAAUACCUGCAUCAACAGGCAACGAAUAUUAUGUCCAGAUACAAUAUCAUCGAUGGACUGCAACACAAGAGUAGCGGAAAAAUGUGGAUUGAAGGCUGAAGACCCAAUUUCAGGACAUCGGAAUCUGAAUUCUGGACACCACAACAUUACAACUAUAAUAAAAAUAAGAAACUUAAUCAAUAAUACAAACGUCGUUGAUACACCAAUUGAACUCAACAUAACAAAUGCUAACGAUAUGGUGCUCAAUAAAACUAAUAUAUUUCUUAAAAGCUUAGAACGAAGAGAAAGAAAAUGUUGUUCUAUAGUUCACCCUCAAGAAUGUCACAAGGUUCUACUUUUACCAAAAGAAGUAUGUUUUACUAGACGGCACAAGGAAUGUUCCGUAUUGUGUGACAAUGUUACGAAUUUGCUUAUAAAAACUAGUAGAACAAACCAAUGUAUUACUAUAGCAGUUCAUCCGUAUUUUUAUUGUGGCUAUUACUCAAUAGAAGAUUGCAGCGCGUGUUUCAACUGUACAAAAGCAAGUAGUAUUAAAUGUCUAGAAGAACCAACGUGCAGUAAAUCUUGUAGAGGAUCCAUAUUACCUAAAAGAUUUUAUAAUGUACCUUAUUACAUAAAAAAGAAUGGAGAACCAGCGGUGGAAUAAUAUACUUAGGUACCUACCUAAUUAUUAAGUUUUUCAUAAAGUCAUUAAUUUUCUCUAAUAUAUCCAAAUACAUUUUUCAAAAAUGUAAUUUUAUACAUUUAUUUCGAUGUGCGUAUAAUAGUGUGAUUUCCUUACCUGUUUACAAAAAAAAGAAGUCAAAAAAAGAAAAAAUAAGACAUCAGUCUUAUCCACCAUAUUGUUCUUAAUUAUCUGUAGGUGCA